UGCCAGGACCCCCACUCCGCGGAUGAUGGGGACAGGAAGCUACAGAGCCGGCUCCGGCGUGGGAUUGAGCAUGUGGCUCGUGUGUGUCCCGCUGCUCUGGCAACUGUCGUCUGUGUCAGGGGCAGCAGACUCGAAGGCCGUCACCACCACUCUUACCACCAAGUGGGCCGAUACUCCUCUACUGCUGGAGGCCAGCGAGUUCCUGGCAGAGGAGAGCCAGGAGAAGUUCUGGGACUUCGUGGAGGCCAGUGAAAACAUAGAGGGAGAGCAUGACGACACAGAUCAGGCUUAUUAUGAGCUCAUUGUGAAGAAAGCCAGCGCCUUGCUCAGCUCCGUCCAGUUGAACAUGCUGAAAUUUUCACUUUCGUUGAGAGCCUACUCUGCCACAGUACACUCCUUCCAGCAGAUAGCUACCACUGAGCCUCCUCCUUCUGGCUGCUCAGCUUUUAUCAGCGUCCAUGGAGAGAAGACAUGUGAUGUAGAAACCCUUGGAACUCUGUUGAAAACCGCUGCAGAAAGGCCGAAGCCGUACCUUUUCAAGGGCGAUCACAGAUACCCGGGAUCAAAUCCAGAGGCGCCUGUCGUCAUCCUUUAUGCCGAGUUUGGAAAACCAGAGUUCCAGAAAUUUCACCGGGUCAUAUCCUCCAAAGUCUAUGAAGGCCUGGCGACUUACGUGCUCCGUCAUUACGUUGCUAACUCGAGUGAAAAGAGAGUGUAUUUGUCAGGGUACGGGGUGGAGCUGGCCAUUAAAAACCAGGAGUACAAGGCAAAGGAUGACACACAAGUCCAAGGGGCGGAGGUGAAUGCUACAGUGAUUGGGGAGAAUGAUCCAGUGGACGAGGUCCAGGGAUUCCUUUUUGGCAGACUCAAGACGCUUUAUCCAGAGCUGAAAGAACAGUUAAAGGAGUUGAGGAAGCAUUUAGUGGAAAGCACUAAUGAAAUGGCGCCUCUGAAAGUCUGGCAGAUGCAAGAUCUGAGUUUCCAGACAGCAGCUCGGAUUCUUGCGGCUCCUGCCGUUGAUGCCCUCACCGUUAUGAAAGACCUCAGUCAGAACUUCCCCACUAAAGCCAGGUCUAUCACAAGAACCGUGGUAACCGCUGAGAUCCGGAAAGAGAUCAGCGAGAACCAAAAGUUCUUCAAAGGAACUCUGGGGUUGCAGCCAGGGGACUCGGCCUUGUUCAUCAACGGGCUGCACAUAGAUCUGGAGACGCAGGACAUCUUCAGUGUUUUUGAGGUGCUGCGCAGCGAGACGAGGGUAAUGGAGGGCCUGCGCUCGCUGCUCAUCGAGACGCCCUACAUCCACGACAUCCUGAAGCUCAACGUCCAGCCCUCCGACUCCGACUACGCCGUUGACAUCCGCAACCCAGCCGUCUGUUGGAUUAACAACUUGGAGACAGACCACAGGUACAGCUCGUGGCCCUACAACGUCCAGGAGCUACUCAGACCAACCUUUCCCGGAGUCAUCAGGCAGAUACGGAAAAACUUUCACAAUCUGGUGAUCAUUCUGGACCCGACCCAGGCGAACACUGCUGAGCUGCUCAGCGUGGCAGAGAUGUUCUACACCAACAACAUCCCCCUCAGGAUCGGGCUGGUGUUUGUGGUGUCAGACGAAGAUGACGUAGACGGCAUGCAGGAUGUAGGUGUGGCGCUCGUCCGAGCCUACAACUACAUCACUGACGAGGUGGACAGUCAGACGGCGUUUGAUGCCGUCGUCUCGAUGUUUAACCGUGUGCCAAUUGGUGGUCAGUUGAGUGUGGGGGAUGUUGUCAAAGUGCUGGAGAAGAGGUUUCCCUUCGUGGAGGUCAGCAGCAUUCUUGGAGCAGACUCCAGCUACGACAACAACAGGAAGGAAGGGCGGGCGUACUACAAGCAGACGGGAGUGGGGCCGCUGCCGGUGGUCAUGUAUAACGGCAUCCCCUACCGGCGGGAACAGCUGGACCCUGACGAACUGGAAACCGUCACCAUGCAGAAAAUCCUGGAGACCACCUCCUUCUACCAGAGAGCUGUCUACCUGGGGGAGCUGGGUACUGAUCACGACGUCGUCGACUACAUCAUGAACCAGCCCAAUGUUGUUCCUCGCAUCAAUCCCAGGGUCCUGUCCACGAGCAGAGCAUACCUGGACCUGUCCGACACCAACAACUACUUUGUAGAUGAUUACGCCCGUUUCUCAACCUUGGACACAAAGGAGAAGAGCACCGCUGUGGCCAACAGCAUGAACUACAUGACUAAGAAAGGGAUGACCACCACCAACAGGCAUGAUGACGGAUACAUCCGUCCUGUGACUUUCUGGGUGGUCGGAGACUUUGACAAGCCGUCGGGACGUCAGCUGCUUUACGAUGCUGUCAGACACAUGAAAACCAGCAACAAUGUGCGACUGGGGAUGAUCAGCAACCCGUCAGCUGAUCCGUCCGCUGAGACCAACCGCGUGGCCAGAGCAAUCUGGGCCGCCAUGCAGACGCAGUCGGCCAAUAACGCCAAGAACUUCAUCACCAAGAUGGCUAAGGAGGAGACCGCCGCGGCCCUGGACAGGGGGGUCGAUGUCGGGGAGUUUGCUGUCGGGGGUAUGGAUUUGUCAAUGUUCAAAAGUGCAUUUGAAGGCCCCAAAUUUGACUUCCUGCUCUCCCACGCCGCCUACUGCCGCGACGUGCUCAAGCUGAAAAAAGGGCAGAGAGCCGUCAUCAGCAACGGAAGAAUCAUCGGUCCACUGGAGGAGGACGAGGUGUUUAACCAGGACGACUUCCUGCUUCUGGAGAACAUCAUCCUGAAAACAUCUGGAGAGCGUAUCAAAAGCAAAGUGCAGCAUUUCGGGAUCGAGGAGGACAGGGCGAGUGACCUUGUGAUGAAGGUGGACGCGCUGCUCUCCGCUCAGCCUAAAGGAGAAGCUCGGAUGGAGUACGGCUUUGCAGACGACCGCUACAGCGCUGUUAAAAUCCGGCCCACGGAGGGAGACGUGUACUUUGACGUGGUGGCCGUUGUGGAUCCAGUAACGAGGGACGCGCAGAAGCUGGCUCCACUUCUACUGGUUCUGAAGAAGCUGGUCAACGUCAACCUUCGGGUCUUCAUGAACUGCCAGUCCAAACUGUCAGAUAUGCCUCUGAAGAGUUUCUACCGCUACGUGUUGGAGCCGGAGGUCGUGUUUCAGUCGGACGGCAGCUUCUCUCGUGGCCCCCUGGCCAAGUUCCUGGACAUGCCUCAGUCUCCGCUCUUCACCCUGAACCUCAACACCCCCGAGAGCUGGAUGGUGGAGUCCGUGCGCACCCGCUACGAUCUGGAUAACAUUUACCUGGAGGAGGUGGAGAACAUUGUAGCGGCGGAGUACGAGCUGGAGCAUCUUCUGCUGGAGGGCCACUGUUUUGACGUGAGUUCGGGUCAGCCUCCGCGCGGCCUCCAGUUCACCCUGGGAACCGCCUCCGAUCCGGUCAUCGUGGACACUAUCGUUAUGGCAAACUUGGGUUACUUUCAGCUCAAAGCCAACCCCGGCGCCUGGAUGCUGAAGCUGAGGAAAGGACGCUCUGAUGAAAUCUACAAGAUUUACAGUCAUGAUGGCACAGACUCCCCUGCAGACUCGGAUGACAUCAUAGUGGUGCUGAACAAUUUCAAGAGCAGAAUUAUUAAAGUCAAGGUCCAGAAGAAGCCAGACAAGUUCAACGAGGAGCUGCUGAGUGACGGGAACGAGGAGAAUGACACCGGCUUCUGGACAUCCCUGACCAGGGGUUUCACAGGUGGGAAGGCAGAGGAACCAAAGCCGGAGAAAGACAAUGUGAUCAAUAUCUUCUCAGUGGCCUCGGGGCAUCUGUAUGAGAGAUUCCUCAGGAUUAUGAUGCUGUCAGUUCUUAAGAACACCAAAACCCCCGUCAAGUUCUGGUUCCUGAAGAACUACUUGUCCCCAACUUUUAAGGAUUUCAUCCCCCACAUGGCGAAGCAGUACGGCUUCCAGUACGAGCUGGUCCAGUACAAUUGGCCCCGCUGGUUGCACCAGCAGACCGAGAAGCAGAGGAUUAUCUGGGGCUACAAGAUCCUCUUCCUGGACGUGCUGUUCCCACUCGCUGUCGACAAGAUCCUGUUCGUGGAUGCUGACCAGAUUGUGCGCACAGACCUGAAGGAGCUGCGCGACUUCGACCUGGAGGGAGCGCCGUACGGCUACACUCCUUUCUGCGAGAGCCGCAGGGAGAUGGACGGCUACCGCUUCUGGAAGUCCGGCUACUGGGCGAGCCACCUCGCCGGACGCAAGUACCACAUCAGCGCCCUGUACGUGGUGGAUCUGAAGAAGUUCAGGAAGAUCGCGGCUGGAGACCGGCUCCGGGGACAGUACCAGGGACUCAGUCAGGACCCCAACAGCCUGUCCAACCUGGACCAGGAUCUUCCCAACAACAUGAUCCACCAGGUUCCCAUUAAAUCUCUGCCUCAGGAGUGGCUGUGGUGCGAGACCUGGUGUGACGACAGCUCAAAGAGGAGCGCCAAGACGAUAGAUCUGUGCAACAACCCCAGGACUAAGGAACCCAAACUGCAGGCUGCGGUGAGAAUCGUGGCCGAGUGGACCGACUACGACCAGGAGAUAAAACGCAUCCAGUUGAGAGUCCAGGAGGGAGCGGGCCACACAGACGAGCAGCGGAGCGCAGAUGUUCACGGAGGAGAGUUAUGAGGAUCCACCGGUCGUCCACUGAGCCUCAGAACCAGACUCUGUUUAAAGAGUCUGCUUCAUAAAGGGGUUCCCCCCAUGGAACCACUAACAGACUGACCGACCAUAAACCAGUGCAAACUGGUUCAAACAAUGCUGGGUUUUUUCUUUAGGUUUUUCUGUAUAUGUGGGUACAAGCAAUGAGAAUGUACUUUUGUGUUGGAAAAUAUACGUAUUUGGUUUUCUUUACUCCUCUGUGAUUGAUGUCAGGCUGUUAGUUUGCACUGAUUCUGGUUCCAGAUGUGUCCGAGCCGCGGGUUAGACUUCUGGUGUUGGGAGGAACUUCGUUUACUGGAACAAAACUACCUGACAGCUCAUCGGUGAAGGUUUUACAGCAUGUCUAUGUAAAAGGGAUGGAAAAUUAUGAAUAUUUUUUUUUUUUUAAACAGCCGAAUCAAGUCUUUAUGGAAAUAUUUGAAUUUACUGAAGAGUGACAACUCAAAACGUUCAUAAAAUAAUCAACAGAC